GAUUCCGAUUCCAGAUAUUCGAUAAACUAAUCAUCAAGGCGAUUCAUACGGAUUCUUCAUCAAUUUGAUUUCAGCUAUGGCGUCGAUGAGCUUCAGUCACGUUGUAAGAGGCGGUUCCGCAAUGGAACUGUGUAUAGAUCGGUCGAAGAAGAUGAGUUUGAUGCGGUCUGGUGCUGUUGUUAGAGUGAAAGCGUCCGAAACGAAGGUGGAGCCUGAUUUGAGUGUUACUGUCAACGGUAUGAAAAUGCCGAAUCCGUUUGUGAUCGGAUCAGGUCCUCCUGGGACUAAUUAUACAGUUAUGAAGAGAGCGUUUGAUGAAGGCUGGGGCGCUGUUAUUGCUAAGACGGUGUCAUUGGAAGCAGACAAAGUUAUAAAUGUAACACCGCGAUAUGCUAAGUUAAAAGCAGCAGGAGUAAAUGGUUCUGCCAAGGGACAAAUUAUUGGAUGGCAGAAUAUUGAACUCAUAAGUGAUCGACCACUUGAAAUUAUGUUGAAGGAAUUCAAGCAAUUAAAACAGGAGUAUCCUGACAGGAUUCUUAUUGCUUCAAUCAUGGAGGAGUAUAACAAAGCUGCAUGGGAGGAGCUCAUUGACCGGGUUGAGCAAACUGGAAUUGAUGGCAUUGAGAUCAAUUUCUCAUGUCCACAUGGCAUGCCAGAACGUAAAAUGGGGGCUGCUGUUGGCCAAGACUGUGCCCUGUUGGAGGAAAUAUGUGGAUGGGCUAAUGCAAAAGCCACCGUUCCUGUUUGGGCGAAGAUGACUCCAAACAUCACUGACAUUUCCCAGCCAGCUAGGAUAGCAUUGAAAUCAGGAUGUGAGGGGGUUGCUGCAAUAAACACUAUAAUGUCUGUAAUGGGCAUAAACUUAAAAACUUUGCGUCCUGAACCUUGUGUGGAAGGAUAUUCAACUCCUGGAGGCUAUUCUGCAAAGGCAGUCCAUCCCAUAGCUCUGGCGAAAGUGCUAAGUAUUUCCAAAAUGAUGAAGGAGGAAUUUGGAGACGGCGAUUAUUCCCUUUCGGGUAUUGGUGGUGUUGAAACUGGAGGUGAUGCUGCUGAGUUUAUUCUUCUUGGAGCAAAUUCUGUUCAGGUUUGCACGGGUGUGAUGAUGCAUGGAUAUGGUCUUGUGAAGCAGCUGUGCUCAGAACUGAAGGAUUUUAUGAACAUUCACGGAUUCACAUCAAUAGAAGAUUUCAGAGGGGCCUCGCUGGAUUAUUUCACCACCCAUACUGAUUUGGUGAGAAGGCAACAGGAAGCGAUUAAACAGCGAAAGGCGAUCAGGAAAGGACUACAAUCCGAUAAAGAUUGGACCGGAGAUGGGUUUGUCAAAGAAUCUGAAAGCAUGGUCUCCAACUGAGAUUAUCAAUAUUUGUAAGUUUUCACUUCCUUCUUCUUCUACUGCAAAGUUUGUUUCCAAAAUAUGCAAAAAUGUAAAAUAAAACCCCCCAAUAAAAUGUCUUUUUCACUUGUAACAUUCUCAUCCCUUUAAAAUAAAAAAAUUGCUGCAAAUCUUUUGCAAAGACAUGUCUAGGAUAAUUAAUGACAAUCUUAUUUUGGUAGA